CACCUCCCCCCGCCUCCCUCCUCCCGCCCCUUUUCUUCCUUCUUCUCCUCCUCCUCCUCCAGCUCCUGCUCCACCAUUGUAUAAUGCUUGGCGCUGGCAGCCGGAGGAGCGCGGGGUGUUAGGGGGCCGGUUCCUCGGCGCCAGGCUCGCUCGGGGGCCCCGGAGGCGGGGGCGGGGGUCGCCCUAUGGAGCUGGUGUAGCUGCGGAGCGGGCAACCUGCUGCCCCGAUGCUUUAGUUCCCAGGUGGAGCUGCAUGUGAUAUAUGUUGGGUAAAGGAGGAAAACGGAAGUUUGAUGAGCAUGAAGAUGGGCUGGAAGGCAAAGUGGUGUCUCCCACUGACGGUCCAUCUAAGGUGUCUUACACCUUACAGCGCCAGACUAUCUUCAACAUUUCCCUUAUGAAACUCUAUAACCACAGGCCACUGACAGAGCCGAGCUUGCAAAAGACGGUUUUAAUUAACAACAUGUUGAGGCGAAUCCAAGAGGAACUCAAACAGGAAGGCAGCUUAAGGCCCGUGUUCAUCACCACUUCUCAGCCUACCGACACCCUCGGCGACAAUUACCGGGAGGCCCAACCUGCUUUCAGCCAUCUUGUCUCGCCAUCGGCUCAUCCCACUGACUCGGUCAGCACUACACCGUUGGAGUCUUGCCUCACCCCAGCCUCUCUGCUGGAGGACGAUACGUUUUGCACUUCCCAGGCCGUCGAACCCGAUGGCCCUACCAAACUCCCCCCUCCGACUAUCCAAUCUGUAAAGGACAGUUUCUCCUCGGCCUUGGACGAAAUUGAGGAGCUCUGUCCACCACCUACCUCCACUGAGGCAGUAGCAGCAGCCGUAGCAGCAACAGACAGCUCUAAAGAUAACUCCAGCGGGUCGAACGUUCAAAAGUCCGAGGGAGUCCAAGAGAGCCGAACGGGCGACUCAAAACUAAUGGACUCUCUCCCCGGCAACUUUGAGAUAACUACUUCCACGGGUUUUCUCACAGACUUGACCCUGGAUGACAUCCUCUUCGCGGACAUCGACACGUCGAUGUAUGAUUUUGACCCCUGCACCCCUGCUACCGGGGCUGCCUCCAAAAUGGCUCCCGUGUCGGCAGAUGACCUCCUCAAGACUUUAGCCCCUUAUAGCAGUCAACCAGUUACCCCAAAUCAGCCUUUCAAAAUGGACCUGACCGAACUGGAUCAUAUAAUGGAGGUGCUCGUUGGGUCGUAAAACCUACGAAACCUAGCAACUUUUUAUGUCCCAGUAUACCCACUUGGAAGUGUUUUUCACCACCUGCAGAUUCACAGCACUGUGCAUGCGUCCUGGCUUGCCUUUGUUACAGAAAAGGAUCACACUAGUUUUUGCUUCAAGCAGAGUUGGAGUGCCUUCAUCUAUGUAUGACCACUUUUGAUGAUUCGAAGUGGUUCCUCAAGGAAGACCUGAUCUCCUGGGAGAGGAAAGAAAACCGUAUUGAUGAUAUAUUACUAUGUUGUUACCCACACACACACAUGAAACAAAUAUUGGGAUUGUAAAAGCGAAGCACAAGGAUUAAGUUGGGGAAAGCUGUAAAUUGCAUGUGCAUAUUUGUCUAUUUUUUCUAUAAGUUUUAUUGCAAGAGGUAAAAAAAAAUUAUUAUUUAGAUAAUCUCAGUACCUUUUUUGGCAUUUUAGCCCUGUAUAGGUUGACUUAGCAAUUCAGCCGUUUGGAGGCAUUAGCUACUCCUCUAAGUGUUGCAUUUACAUGGCUGUUAGAAACUGCUGCCCAAAUUUAUUUUAUAUUUUUGUACAGAUUCUGCAGUUUAUGAUAUUGUUUUUCUAAAAACAGAUGCUGUUUAUACACACAAAAAUAGCUAUUUUGAUAGGAUUUGCUCACAUAGUUCCUGCAUACUUCAAAUGUACAAGGUGCACUUGUACUUUUAUACAGAGUUGUAAUGUUUUAUAUGUGUAUGGUGCAAAGAGAAAAUUGGAUCAAAUUAAUCUGCAGUUGAUCUCCCUGAAUGCAAACACACACCCAAAAAGUGCUUUGAAGAAAGGGCCGGGGAAAAUUGCACCCAAGUUUCACAAGGACUGACCCCCCGGUAUAUCUGAACACCUGUGCACUACUGUGAUUUCUAAACCUAGAGCCAUGUCUACUCACAAAACAUGUGUUAAGCGGUUGGCAGGAAACAGCAGUGAAACUUGGGUUUUAGGCGAUGGUUCUUUGUAGCUUUCUCUUUUGAGGCGAAGGCUACCGAAAACUAGGGCCUCACGCAUGCCCAGCUAAGUGUUUUCAAUUUUUUAAAAAUCCCAGAUGCUCUGUUUUUAACCUCUGAUUUCCUUUGUUUGACAAAAUUCGUUAGCGAGGUUGCUACAAGUUCAGCAUUACAUCUGAACUGGAUUGGGUGGCAGGCGACCCUUCUACGAAAUUUAACUACCCACUUCAAUGAUAGAUUUUUUUUUUAAGGCAGACCUGGCGUUUUCUUAAUGAUCUUUGUGUUCAGUUUUUACUCGCCCUUUCUUGAAGCAUUUUUUCACUCUAUAGGUAAGUGCUGAAAACAGCAUCUUCAGUAUUACUGCAGUGAAGCUCAUCUCUUACCUGCACUGGAUGGACUCUUACUUUAAUAUCCAUUGCUGUUGAAACUGGAGUUAGUCACAUCACAUCCUUUGGCAUCUCCAAAUCUGGUUGGUUUCUUGUAUCGACUGCGUUAACUAACUGCUUUACACUUUAUAAGCCUGUUUUACAAUGAAUAUACAGACACAGCUUUCUAUGCAUGUUUCCCCCAUAACACCUGAGAAGUCUUUUGUUACUGCACCAAUAGCAUUUUUAUUCGUUGUGGUGUACAUUUAAUUUUUAAAUGUUUGCAAUGUAUCAUGCCUGUCGCCGAAAUCGUAACGGCAUAUUUUUUUUAAUGGUACUUUAGCUGUUGAGUGCAGGUUACAACCUAUAUUGUUGAAAUGCAUAUGGCUUCUUUAGGAAUAACUUUUAUAUUUAUUUAAGAAAGUUUAAAUUAUGUUUUAUGUCAUUUGACGAUAUUCAGUCAAUUCUGCUCACUUCUUGCCAUGGAUAAAAUUGGGUCGUUUCUGCCUAUUAAAAAAGGCACUUUAACCAGGCCAUAGAAUAUUUUAUAUAUUUAUAUGAUGCACAUGACAAAGCAAAUAAAUUUGUGAUGAAGGAACUGCUCAUCUAAGCAGAAGGCUCGUGUUGGUGUAAAACGAUUAAAUCCUUCCAGAUCCUAAUUUACUUUCAGCCACCUUUAGUAUUUUUUUUUUUAAAGGAUGAUUGUCGACUCAGUGAAGCAGCAAGAAACUGAUGGAACUGCUAUUGUUCUCUUGCAAGGGACCUUAACAUUGCUAACUUUUUUUGAUACUGCGAACAGAUCUGACAUUAACCUUUGGGAGCAUGGGGGGACCAUUUUCAGCUGAGGGUUGGCAAGGGAGAGGAGAGAGGCAUUGGCUUUAUUUGGAAUUCAGUGUCAGUAUGAUUAUUAUUCAUUCCUUGUAGAAGAACAAUUCUGCCCCGGACUCCAUGAUUUUUACAAAUGAAGGUGUCGGAAAACUGCAGCCUCCUGCUCAAAACACACCCGCCCCCCCCCCCCCCCCCCCCCCCCAUAUCACGCACACUAGUGUUGAUUGUUCAGGAUAACAAUAUGGUAAGCAAUUGAUUUACCAUUGUUACAGCGGAUUUACAGUAACUUAGAAUGACUGCACUUUCGUUGGAUUAGUAAAUUGUGUAUUUAAACAAGUACCAUAUGUUAGGCAACAGUUCAAAUAAGCGCCAUUUUCAGAGCAGAGGAGUGUUGUCUAAAAGUUAUUCUUUGCAUUUUUUGUUUUUGCAAGGCAGAGUAAAAAAAAAAAAGUACAUAGUUUAAUCCUCUCACCUCCCUUGCUGUAAAUUCUUGGCAGUUGAAGCCUUGUGAGUAAGAAAGUAAAACUUCAAGGUGAUCCAUUUAAAAAAGGACAUAACUAUCGUUUGUUGUUUCUUUUUUUAAAAAAAAAAACAAACAUGAUGUAGUAAAAUGGAGUAAAUCUUAUUGUGGCUUCAAACACCCACCCUCACCUCCACAAGUCUACGGAGGGACCUGCUUCUGGGAGUUCAGUUCUGCAACAGGAACCAAUUCCGUUUGCGGUGCGGACAUGGAGAAACGCAGCAAAGUCUGAGUGGCACAUCCACGCUGGGCAGGGAGGGGAGUAGAGUGACACUGAUGUGCAAUGAAGUGACAAGACGAGAGCAGAAUAAAAGAGCUUUGGAGUUGAAGUGAUUUUUUUUCAUAAGUUAUUUAUUCCUUUUUUCUUUGUAAAUAUAUUUAUUUUAUUGUGAAGCUAACAACAUCUGGAUUGUAACAUGUACAGAAUGUAUGGUAGGAAUGUAUUCUCUUGUAGGAAUGUAAAUCUGUAUUAAAAGGGGAUCGGAGCCAGACUCAUGGAAAAUGAACUGAGUUCUUUUCAUGGUAUGCACGGUUCACAUUCGUUUUUACUCUCUUUUCUAAUGUGGGUCUAUAUGAAAUAUGCAAAAAGUAUGGAUGAGGAUUGAGAUUGUUUCCCCAAACUGUUGUGAAAAAAUCAGGGCUCUGAGAGUGACUUUUUUUAGUCAGGGUCCUGGUAGCACUCUGCCGUUCCCUCUAUUAAGGAGAGUGUAACCACAGUCACCAUCUCAGUCAUGGAAAAGAAUCAAAAACAAGCCCAAAGGCCUCAAUAUACGAGAGUGUAUUUAUUAUUCUUGUUGGUCCAAGCGUUUAAACACCACAGCCUGGAGUGCUGUCACCUGCAGUGUAGAAAAUGCGAUUAAUCAACAAACCCAUUUCACAGGACAGAAGCGUUUAAAGUUUAAAGUUCAUAAUCGCUGUGGAACACAAGGGAAUCGAUGGAGCAAAACCUUCCUUAAGUGAAUGAUGUAAAGUACAAACUACCUUGUGCAGCAAUUGUGUCUCUUCUGCUAUAUGUUAUUAGCCUGAAUUGCUUAAAUUUCGAUGUUGUGAAUCUGACCUUUCCAUUUUCUGAAAAAAUGGAGUUAAAUUAAAGAUGUUCUGGUGAAAAAUGGUUAAUUCCCUGCCACUGUUGCGCAAUUGAUCUUGAAGAGGUUUUUGUGUCCUGUUUCCUUGCAAGUUGCUUUCAGUACUUCUGCGAAUUAGACUGAAUGUUACUUGAAAAUGAGCAAAUUCAAUUCAUUUUGGCUGGAGAGAAAGCUAACUGAAAUUCCGGGAUGCUUUUGGGAAAAAGGGGGGGAAAAAUGGGAAGAGAAAUGUAAUCCAUACAUGUAAACAGCAAAGAUUCUGGAAAAGGUGUAAAUAGUGUGAAAUGUUCAGUGCAUGGUUGUUGAGGAGGGCUUGUUGUUGUCAAAAAGAGGCUGUAAUUUUUCCCCCACAGACCUUAGAGCUGUGCCUUUUCUAUGCAAUAUUACAGACAUAUACAUCUGAAACCAGACUACUGUAUUCACAUGUAGGUAUGGGCUGUAAUCAAAACAAUUGGACAAAUGUACAUGGAAAUGAGCAGUCUUUUGUAGUUUUAUAUUAUACAAUAAACAGUUAAAAGAUUGAAAA